AUGGCCGACGCGGUUCAGAUCAAGGCCUCGCCCGAUGCGGAGGGCAACUCGCCCAUGCCAGCUCCCAUGGAGGAAGACAUCUACGAGGAUGCCGGUGAUCUCGAGUUCUACGACAAUACCCUGCCCAACGAUCCGCAUGGCACCAUGUACCUUGCGCGCGUGCCCCAGUAUGUAUGGGAGGCUUGGGACAAGCUUGAUGACGAUGCAGAGAUUCAGAUCGGCACGAUCCGACACUGGUUCGACACUGGCAAGGAUGGCAACCCGGAUACUUCAAAGCCUCGGAUGAGACUGCUGCUCCGGAACGACUUAGGCAACCACCAGGGCAUCCCGAAAGAGUACGAGCUUGAUACGCAGCCGUCCACUGUCAAGAGCACCUUUGUCUUCAACGAACGGGACCUGCCGGGUUACAAGGCGCGAAACAAGGUGCGAGCAGAGGCUGCGGCGAAUGGAAUUCCGGCGCAUCUGCUGCGGCAGAGCCAGCGGGACAACAAGCCCGAGGAGAACCAUAGCCACGGCCGCCGGAGAGGACGAAGACAGGAGUACUUCCGCAAGGCUAUCCCUAAAAAAACCGCCAUCGCGGGCCGGAUUAAGCACGAGAUGAACUGCGCUCCCGUCAAGAACCCGGAAUCCGAAUUCAUCCUGAACACGCGAGCUAUCGAGGCUAUGAAGCCCAAGAAAUCUGUUGAGUUUGGCGAGCUCAAGUCGGGAUCUCGAAUCAUGCCUGGAUCCAUCACGAACCACGAGAGCAGCUUCAACUUCAUCAAAACUGCUCCCUUGCAGCCCAAGGUCAAGAAGACCGAGCUCAAGACGGCUCGUAUGCCCGAGAACGAGCUGUUCGACGAGAUUUUCAGGGCAUUCACAGAAUUCAACUACUACUCGCUCAAGGCCCUGCGGCAGAGGAUCCCACAGCCCGAGAUUUACCUACGCCAGACUCUCGAAAAGGUUGCAGAUCUGCAUCGGAGCGGCCCCUUUGCGAAUCACUGGCAACUGAAGCCGGAGCACCGCAGGAACGAUUCCAAGGCCGAUCAGACCGUGGCGCCAGUCUCAACAGUUGAUGCCGACGCGGACGAUGGUGAGGAUGAGGAUGCCGACAUCAAGAUGGAGGAUGUCAUGCCUUCCUGA